GGGCCAGCCCAGCUGCCGUGACACCACCACCAGCAGUCGAUAUGUAUAGGCCAAGCGCCCGGCACGCUGCGAGGACGGACGAGCAGUGAACUGGUGGUCUCUCUCUCCAUCUCUCUCUUCCGCCUUUGGCCAUGCAGCUUUCCCUCCCCUUCUUAUUCACAUCUCCCUCGUUCACAUCUCCCACCACCACCACCGAGUCGAUCACCAACAACCCCCACACCACAUCGACUGAUUAGCUAGUUAGCUCCUCUUCUCUUCCCCUCCUACCUCCACUCCUACUCCAUUAUCCAGCAGUUCGAUCGAUCCAUGGCUAUCUAGCUUCUGAUCUUGAUCCCUUUCUUCUUCUCAUCGUCCUUGUUUGUUCUUAUUCCUAGCUACUUAGCUAGAUCUAUCGAUCAGUUCAGACCUCUUAAUUCCUGUCCUGAUCAAUCACGUUCUGUCUGUAUCCUUUGAUUCGUCGACAAUCCUAGUACUUCAUGGAGCAGUGUUAGUUAGCUAGCAAAAGUAGUACUUUCAUCAGGAGUGUCUAUCGGCAAAUAGCUAGGUUUUCUGGCUUAACACGUACUUUCAUUAAUUUGGAAGAACAGCAAGACAAAGAAACUGAUUAAGAUCAGCGAGUAAUCGAUGAUGGCAGGAGCUCCCCCGAUGCAUAUCUGCAUGGACUCCGACUGGCUCAAGGGCAUCGUCCCCGAGGAGCACGGGAUGGGGUCGUCGUCGCCGUCGGCGGAGCUGAUCGCGUGCCCGCGGGCGCCGAUGCAGGCGGCGGCGGCGGCGGCCGACCGCCGGCUUCGCCCCCAGCACGACCAGCCGCUCAAGUGCCCGCGGUGCGAGUCGACGCACACCAAGUUCUGCUACUACAAUAACUACAGCCUCUCGCAGCCGCGCUACUUCUGCAAGACGUGCCGCCGCUACUGGACCAAGGGCGGCUCGCUCCGGAACGUCCCCGUCGGCGGCGGCUGCCGCAAGAACAAGCGCGCGCCGCCCAAGAAGGCCGCCGCCCACGCCCAGCCCGCGGUGGCGGUGGCGGCGGCGCUGCAAGGCCGCCACAUGGAGACCGGACUCCACCUGUCCUUCUCCGGGAUGCAGCAUCAUCUUGCGCCGCCGCCGCCGGCGGCGGCCACCGCGGCCGACCCGCUCUGCAGCCUUGGACUAUUUGACUGGAAGCAGUACGACCCCGUCUUCGCCGGCUCCGGUGGCGGCGGCUCCCCCGUGGCGGCGCUGGAGAGCGCUGGUGGCUCGGAGGCGCAGUUCAUGGGUGCUGGCAUGAUGGGCAUUGGCGGCGGCGGCGUCGCGGAGUACCAUGCGCUGAGCGCGCUCCGGUUCGCGGCAGGGCUCGGCGAUCACCUGGCGCUGCCGUUCGGCGCGGUGCGGGCGGAGCACGACGCCGUCGAGGUGAAGCCGGUGGCGGCGGAGAGGCUGCUGUCGCUCGAGUGGUGCGGCGAGGCGAGCCGCACGGCGGCGCCGGAGAGCUCCAUUAGCUCGCUGGGCGGGCUGGGACUGUGGAGCGGCAUGAUCGGCGGCGGGCACCAUCACCAUGGCUCCUCCGCUGCCAUCUGAGGCGAAGCAAGCUAGCAUGCAUGCAAUGCGAAGGACACGUGAUCGAACGCCGCGAGCCGCUGCAAUCUGUGCAAGAAGGAAAGGAUUAGCGGUUUGCUAAUAGCAUUAACAAAGUAUGACUACGUAGAAUUGUUUGGCUUUAAUUUCUUUGCUGCUGUUUUCCAUCUUCUCAUGCAUGGUAAUCUCCUACUUAUUUUCGUCGUUUUGUCUUUGUAUUUCCCAACUAUUCCAAGUCCUGGUGAUGUUCUGCUGUUGUUCCAGCUCAUGCAUAUUGUCGUGCAUGGUUCUGUUAAACACGAUGCUGGCUUGCUAGAGAUUAUAAGUUUGUUCUACACAUGUGGUCA